AUGGAUCUCGGCCUCGAACGCAUUCAGACUUUAUUGCGAGCACUCAACACACCACAAGAUACAUUCAAGGUCAUUCACGUUGCAGGAACCAAUGGCAAAGGAUCAGUGUGUGCUUACAUGACAAGUGUGCUACGACAAGCUGGCCUCAGCGUCGGUCGAUUCAACUCUCCUCAUUUCCUCGAACCCCAUGACAGCAUUUACGUGAACGAUAGCCCCGUAUCCAAGCAUGAAUAUGAAGCUGCUUGUGCUUAUGUGAGCAAGAUCAACAAUGAGCAGGAUAUUUCGGCGACUUCUUUUGAACAACUUGUUGCUACAGCUCUUUGCCUAUUUCGAGAUCAUCAAGUCGAGUGGAUCGUGAUUGAAGUUGGAUUGGGUGGAGCCUUGGAUGCUACCAACAUCUUCGAGACACCAAAGAUGACCAUUAUUACAUCCAUUGGGAUGGAUCAUGCAGCAGUUCUUGGAGGAACGAUUCAAUCCAUUGCAGCAGCCAAGGCAGGCAUCAUGAAAUUAACUUGUCCAGUGGUCAUUGCUCCUCAAAACGAACCCCAUGCUUUGGAUACCCUGAUUGACCAUGCCAAAAAAGUGAAUGCACCCUUUAGACUUGCACGAGCAGCAACAUGGAUCAAAGAUGCAUCAUCAUCAACAUGCCGUUUGGAUGACACAACAACUGCCAAGGGCGCCAUUGAGUAUUCAAUAUCAUUACGCGGUGAUUAUCAGCGAGAAAAUUCAGCAACUGCCGUGAUGGCUCUUUUAUGGCUUCAAGAAAACGGUGACAUCUCGUUUACGAUGGACAUGCUACAAGCUGGAAUGGCAAGGACACGAUGGCCCGGAAGAUUGGAUUAUAUUGCUACACCCAUGUUCGAAGGACAACAGCUCCCACCUAUGCUCGUCGAUGGUGCACACAAUAUACCAGCUGCAAAAGCGUUACGACAACACAUUGAUGAUCUUGAUCCAACGCGAGUGCUUUGGCUUUUAGGAGUGACAGCGGGGAAAGACAUUUCGGAAAUGUUGUCAGGACUGCUCCGCCCCAAUGACACCGUAUUGGCUGUACCUUUUUCACAACCUGACGGGAUGCCCUGGAUACAUUCAACACCGCCACAUGAAGUCUGUGAGCACGCCAUGAAGAUUGUAUCGGAUGCACGACCUUUGGAAAGUGUUCAAGCGGCCUUAAAGAUGAUACCCUCGCUAGAAUCCUAUUCUUUAGUAGUCUUGUGCGGUUCGCUUUAUCUUGUAGCUGAUUUCUACCGGCUCUUAGACAAUAAAGAUGUAUAA